GGAGAUAAUUUAUUAUCUUGACCCAUUGGCGAAAGACAUUAAUAUGAGGCAAGAUUUGAAGAAGUUGUUUGACAUGGUUAUACAAACCUACCGAGCUCAAAGAGGGUCUAUGGUUUCAAAGUCUAAGUUAAGCAAUAUCAAAUGGACACCAAUUAAGUGUCCAAAACAAUCCAACGGCCAUGAUUGUGGGUAUUACAUUUGUCGAUAUAUGAAGGAAAUUGUCACAUAUUGUGAAGGAGGGACAAUUCCAAUAGAUUAUUUUCCUAGUUGCAGAUGUCAACAAUAUUCUGACAAUCAAAUCAUUGAAGUCAGGGAAGAUUGGUGUUUUUAUCUCAUUAGUAAAUGUUUAUAGGUUAGUUGUAUAAUUCCUUAUAUAACAAAAUAGGGAAG